AUGGAAGCUCAGAAGACUCUUGCUUUUCAAGCAUACAACUACAGUAAGUUCAGUUCUUUAAGCCCAGUUGAACUUUUUGAGCUAUUCAUCAACAACAGUGUUAUUGAAUUGCUAGUUAAAAAUACAAACAAGUACGCUUUAUUCAAAAACUGCCCAGACCCAAAGGUUACGGAGGAAGAAAUGAAAUGCUUUUUAGCAAUUUUGUUACUGUCAGGAUACAAUGAACUGCCUGGUAAGAAAUGCUAUUGGGAUUCUGGACUAGAUAUGAAAAAUGAAAUGGUCUGUCAAGCAAUGAGACGUGAUAGAUUUAUUCAAAUUAUGCGCUUUUUGCACUGUGCAGAUAACUCUGAGACAAUUCCAAAUGACAAAAUGUGGAAAAUGAGGCCACUUAUGAACUUACUCAAAUGUAAAUGUCUUGACAAUUUUGUACCAUCUGAGUUUUUGUGUUUUGAUGAGUCCAUGGUAAAGUACUAUGGCAAACAUGGAUGUAAGCAAUUUUUGAAAGGGAAACCUAUCCGUUUUGGCUACAAGAUUUGGAGCCUAAAUACUGAUACUGGGUACUUGAUCAAUUUUGAGAUUUUUCAAGGGAAGAACACAACAACAAAUGAAACAUAUUCAAAGCUAUUUGGGAAAUCAGCAGCUCCUCUUGUAUCAAUGCUGGAUGAAAUACCUCAAGAUGAGUUACCCUACCAGUUGUUUUUUGACAAUUUGUUUACAAGUCCAGCACUGAUGAAACAUCUGAAAGAUAGAGGUUAUGGUUCUACAGGAACUGUCCGAAUCAACAGAUUGCCAAAAGACUGCCCUCUUUCAUCAAAAAAAGAUAUGCAAAAUGAAUCUCGAGGAAGCUUUCAAUGUAAAAUAGAAAAAGAAGAUGGCAUAUUUGUCGCUCGCUGGAAAGACAAUAGUGUUGUUACAGUCGCAUCGACAUCAUAUGGUAUUGAGCCUAUUGCUAGUGUGAAGCGCUUCUCUCAGUCAGAAAAGAAAUAUCUCCACAUUCAACAACCCUUUGUGAUAAAACAGUAUAAUCACCACAUGGGAGGGACGGACCUUAUGGAUGAGGACAUAAGCACCCACAGAAUUGGGAUCAGGGGAAAGAAGUGGUGGUGGCCUUUGUUUACAUGGCUUAUAGAUCUGGGCACCACUAAUGCUUGGCGACUUCUCAGAUUGUCAGGGAACAAAAAUGACAAAACUGACAUUUAG